UAUAGCCUGUCAAUAUAUUCGUCGCGAAUGGGCACGGCAGCUGUGGUUAGCUUGGUUCAUCGAAGAAAUAUGUUACAACUGUCGCACAAAAUGAGUUCUUUUCUAGCAGGUGCCACGUAGGUGAGGAUUUGCUGGCCAUCUGUGCGAAUCUCGACAAGCGAAGGGAGGCUGUUUGCGGCAAGAAAACCGAUCACCGGCUCUCGUGUGGGUUGACACUUUGCGAUCGUCGGCGCCAGCCCAGACAGCUUCUGGGAUUUGGGCGUUCCUCGGGUGGACCAUCGAGUGAUCUACACCCUGUUUUGAGCGUCUCCGAGCCCCACAUCACCCGAUCCUUGACGUCAGCAAACCGGUUGCCGCGCUGGCCCGGUAACACCAACACAAGAGAACACUGCUGCCACCUGGACAAAGAGGAGACAAGCUUGUGGCAACUUGUGUUCUUGGCACUGCAAAGAUGGAGGCAGCGUAAAAGCGUUCUCGGAACGUGCCGGCGCCACGAUGUCCCACCCGGAAGCGCCGGCCGGUCCGGAUAGCCACGCCACGGAAGCCAGGGACGACGGCGCUUCCUGGGACAACCUGGAGUUCGAGGCCGACUGGCAGCAGGCGGCGUGUGGCAACGACGACGAUGACUUCACGGAUUUUGCUCAGGCCACGAGUAGCGAGCUGCCGGCAGACGACGGCUUUGCAGACUUUGCUGCCUUCGAGUCUGCGCCCAAAGAGGAAGAAGAGGACGAGUCGUGGACGGCCUUUGAGGCUACCACGGAGGUGACUCUGGGACACCUUGGAGGCUACCAGCAGGAACAAAGCUCCCCAGAGCAGCUGCUGAGGUUGGCCUACCCUGGUGGUGAAACCGGAGAGAGUGAGGUUGACCUCGACCCCACCAGCUUGCACACCAAGCUUUGGCUGAUUCUGCAGGACUUGGACCAGGCGACCUCGCUGCAAUACCAGUGGAGCAGCUCUGGCUGCUGCCAGCACUUGCUGCACAGCCUCAACAUUGACUCCAGAAACAUUCUGCGUAACCCGUCGGUGCCCCUGUUUGCCUGCCACCUGGGCCUGCUGGAGCCGCAGCGGGGACCCGCGGACGAGGCGCUCGAGUCCCCGGCCCCCGAGGAUUGCAUCCCACCAGCCCAGUUUGACUGGACAUCGAGUGGCCUGGUCAACCCCCUGGAGCAGCCGAGCAGCUCCAGCCUGCUCGACCUCGAUUUUCUCACGGCACUUUCCUCCUCUUCUGCUCGGACAGACGCCACUUCCACCGGUCCCGUCACCAACGGGCUGGACGAAGAGCUGGUGUGCCCACCAGAGGGGGUACCCUCUGUGCGGGGGGCCUGCCGGCUGCAACAGCUUCUGGCCUCUAACGUCCCCACCCUGGCCCCUUCGCUGCAGCCCAGGAGCAAGCCCCCCCUGCUCAGCGGGGACGCCCAGCGUCUACUGGACUCCCUGCCAGACCUGACCUUUAUGCAGGCUGCCGUGCUCAUGUUCCCCGUUCGCCUCGACAGUUGACCUCCAGAAACACGCCUGCUGGUGCUCUUUGUGUUCGUUACAAUACCCCUCGUGAUUCCGACCUGGGUUCCCCGCCGUUGGCUGCAAGGCUCUUCCUGCUGCACAGAUUCCAGGCUCAAAUGCUUGCUUGGAGGAACGUGGGAGGCCAGUGUCUUGUGGUACCCGCAUGUCUCCAAGAGUGUGGUAAAGGGGUCCCUGGAACCAGCUUGUGUCCAAGGGUGUGGCAAAGAGGUCCUUGGCAAGUGAAUAAACCAAAAGAUGGUGUAGAACAGAGGUGACUGUUCAUAGCACCCGAGACCAUUCCAUCUUUUGUGAAAACAUGUUUUAGCGACGAGACCUCUUGUCUGGCAUUUGUGGACUUUUCCGGACUAAGCUGCCUCCUGACUUCCUGUGAGCUCCAUUAGAACAGUGUGUGUCUUUGAAGUGCAUCUGCUCUCCGCUUGGUUGCAUUUCUGCAAUGGAUCCCGGUGCCCUUGCUGCCCCCAUGUGUCUACUGGAGGCUCCUUCAAUAAAGUCUAAAGACUUAA